AUGGACGGUGAUCCAGCCGUUGAGCCAGAAAUCGAUGGCUUCAGUCGCGUGCUACCUCUACCAUAUCGCGUCGCCCUGAUCAUAGUUCUAGGCAUAUGGGCAUGGGGUCUAAACCUCCACUACCUCACUCUCAUCAAGAUAGACGUCCCAAGUCUCAUCCGCUACCCUGGCCGCACCUCGCCGCGCCAUAUACCGCACCACCUCUCCUGCUACCGUAUCGCCACAUUCCUCUCCAUCCCGCUUGCGCUCUCGCUGUUCCUAUUUUGGGCCCUUACACACGGCAGUCCCAAAGACAUCGCAGGCUGGGAAAUUCUACCAAACCUAUACCUACUAGUACUGGUCAUUGGCUUCGUAGUACCGCUGCCGUUUGUUAGUCGCAAUGGGCGGUCUCGUACGCUGGCGACGCUGAAGCGCAUAUCCAUUGGCGGCAUCGCAGAAGCGCACGAUGGGAAGUUUGGGGACAUUCUGCUCGCAGAUGCAUUGACAAGUUAUGCCAAGGUGCUGGGAGACCUUUUUGUCUCACUGUGCAUGUUCUUCUCGUCCUCGCACAGUUCAACAGGACCUCCGAACAGAAACUGCGGUGGCGCUUUCUGGGUUCCCUUCAUCAUCGCUGUACCGUCGAUGAUCCGCCUCCGGCAGUGUAUCACCGAGUACUAUCGUGUUCAGAAAGCGAACAAGCAAACCGGGCAGAUCAGUCCGGCAACGGGAUGGGGUGGCCAGCAUCUGGCCAACGCACUGAAGUACUCGACCGCAUUCCCGGUUAUCGUACUCAGCGCUUUGCAACGCUCGCCCGACCCUUCACGUUUUGGCGUUUCGGAAGCGACCCUGUUCCAUAUGUGGCUCGUCGCAGUGGUGGUCAACUCUGGUUACUCCUACUACUGGGACGUAGCUAAAGAUUGGGACCUCACUUUGUUUUCUAAUGCUCGUACUCGGGAUAGUCCCGAAUACCCAUGGGGUUUAAGACGGCAUCGCUGGUUCCAUGCCAAGGAGUUCUACUAUGCAGCCAUUGUCGUAGAUGCAAUGCUGAGGUGUACGUGGAGUUUGAAACUCAGUGUGCAUCUGGAUCAUUUCAACGACUUAGAAGGAGGAAUCUUUACGAUGGAGGUUCUCGAGGUAUUGCGAAGAUGGAUAUGGAUCUUCUUCCGCGUAGAAACAGAGUGGUGUGAUCAGCAACGGCCCAACUGCAGCUCCUGCAUUCGAGUGGGAAUAGCAUGUACCGGCUAUCGGGACACAACCAACAUUCGGAUCAGCGACCAAACGGAUUUUGUACGGACGAAAGCUCUAGCAAACACGAAGACUCCUCUGAAGCAACGAUUUACUGGUGAACCCAAAGUGAAGCUCAAAGUUCGCCACCUACCCCAAGAUCUUCUUAUCAUGGGCCGAGAUAUGUUCUUCACAUACUAUGUUUCGGAUUUCAGUCGAACAUGGGACUUCCUUUAUAAUUACCUGGACUCUAGCCACGCGCCUAAACAUAUUUCUCUAUGCAUCGAAGCAGUCAGCCUUGCCUUCCUGUCCCACCAAGUUUCAUCGCAGACGGCAAGAGAUCUAGGACGUAGAAAAUACUGUGAAGCAUUACGGAAAAUCAACAUCGCCCUGCAAGAUCCGGUGACAGCAAAAGCCACGUCAACUUUUGAAGGGGCGUUGCUGAUGGAUCUCUUUGAGAAGAUCAUGAAGUCAGCUUCGGAGAUAAACACGUCGCGACAUGCCCAUAUUGAAGGCGCACUUGCAUUAGUGAAGCUACGAGGUGUGGAGUCGUUCAAGGAAGGCACAGAGAUGCGAGCAUUGAUGGGACUUUCUUUGAACUCAACGGUUUGCUCACUAAGUACCGGGCAGCCGGUGGACGAUGCCAUACGACAAAUACGAGUACACGCAGCACAGUUCGUCAACACAGAUUACCCAAAAUGGAAACUCAGUGGGUUGAUGCUCGAAGUCACCGAUCUAGCUGCGGAAAUGCGACAAGGUCGUAUGACAACUGAAGAAAGGAUAGCCAAAAGUGCGUAUUUCGAUCGAGAGCUCGAGCUCGUUGCACUCGAAGCAAGCCCAGUUUGGACAUAUGAGCGCAGAAACUUACAUGGUGCUCAUGGAGAAAGGCUGGUACCGGAUGGGUUCCCCUUAGUAUACGAUGUGUACCCGGAUCGCAUGGUCACACAGAUGUGGAACGUCCUUCGAAUAGCACGCAUGCUCCUUUGCGAGGAGAUCAUUCAGUCUUGUGCCAUGGGCUCCGAUCUCGAGAUGACCGCCCAGUCUGCCCUCCCACAAAUGACGGACUGCGACUUGGUUGCAAAACAUAAACUGCCGAGUGGAAGCACAGGCAAACAGCACACACAUAGUAUGCCGCAUAUCCUUGACAUCUACAUACUAAUAUUCAGCCUAUACGUUGUUGCUUGGUCGAAAAGCUGUCCACAGGCUGCAGUUGAUUGGAGUGUCAAGCAGCUGCAACACAUCGCCGAUCAUUUUGCUAUCAAAGAGGCUGCCAUUAUUCUGGAGAUCCUGAAGAAGCAGAAGUUGAAAGAGUCUCUGGACCCAUGGGCCUUAAUUCUUGAAGAGAGCACAUUCAAGGCCAAGAAAACCGUAAAGGCCGUGCUGAAUACAGAAAAGGAGCGUGUUCCAAAUCCACGAAACAGUUCUCCUGUUGAAAAGAACCCCCGUCAUAGCAGAGCCUUCGUACUUGCCGACCUGGACGAGAGGAAGGACCAAACUGUUCUUGUAUCACCACAAACCUAUAGAGCCUCCGGUCAUAUAUCCAGCGCUUCUGGACAUUUAUGGAUGCAGUCUGCCCCUGGUCAUGACACCGGCACAAAUUGCAAUCACGACACACUUCCCGAGAUUCCUGGCUAUUAUCCCACGCCCCGACUACCUCCCAACACUUUUAAACCUUCCCCUCUAAUCGCUGGCUUACCUCCAGGGUGGCACAUUGGAACAUAA